AUGAUCUCAGCCGUCAUCCAACCUCUGCACUUGUCCCUUGGGAUACAGCAGAUCAGAAUUUCUGCCCGUCGCACACCAUUGCUGUGCACGUAUGAUCAUCCCAUUCUCAUCAGCUCUUUGUUGCUGGCCUUUGAUGACUUCUGGAACAAACUUCAAGGUCCCAUUCCUGCCGUCAGCACAGAUGCUGAUCGGAGGAACCGCCAAGCCUCUCAAGUGCAUGCGGAGAAGAAGCGAGCAGUAGCAACCGCAGCCCUGCAUGCGAGCAGCAGCACCAGCCAACUGAAGCCGCUUGCUCCCGCCAGCACUACCGACCUCGCUAUGAUGACCACCAAGGGCUCAGCAGCUCCCAAGAGCGCCCCAGUCCCUCCCUCUCUAGAGCAUGAGCAGGCAGACAAGGCGAGGGCGGUGGAGAGAGUAGCAGAGGUUCGCAUGCAGGAGGAGGCUAAAGGGGUUUCCAAGGGCGACGAGGAGGCGACGAGGAGGACGAGGAGGAUGGACUUUGAGCGGGCGGCGUCGUCACGGGGAAUGCCAAAGGCUGACCAAGAGCUCAAGCUCAAGCUCAAGCUCAAGCUCAAGCAGCUCCAGCACCUGCGACUUCCACCCGGAGCACUUUGA